AGGGGCUCAAGCUGAGCUUUGAAAGCGUCUCCACUCUUGCCCAGGAAGUAGAAACUGAAUCUGUCCCUGUCCGCCUGCACUCCCGGCUGCACUGGAUCCUCCCCUUGGCAGUUUCUCUCCCUGGUCCUGCCCACCCCUUCACUCUCGCAUAUAGGACCCUCUGUGAGACGCUUUUCCUUCACAAACAUCCCGUCCUAGGCAGCUGUCCUUCCUCUUGUGCAUACCCGGGAGCCCUGAACGUCCGAUCCGACAUGGCAAACUGUAGGUUUCAUUUUGUAACCUGUGAUAACAACAGUUUUGUCUCAACGGUCGUGGCAGUCUUCAAGAAGUCAGGCUUGGCAGUGUAGAAAGACAAAAUGCGGAGCAUGUGGUCCAGGAUAUGCAACUCCUCUGGAUGCCAUGAAAGGUCCCCGGGAGGAGAUUGUGUAUCUGCCCUGUAUCUACAGAAACACUGGGAUAGAGAAGCCUGACUACCUGGCCACUGUGGACAUUGACCCCAAGUCUCCGCACUAUUGUCAGGUGAUCCAUCGCCUGCCCAUGCCGAAUCUUAAGGAUGAGCUCCAUCAUUCAGGGUGGAAUGCCUGCAGCAGCUGCUUUGGGGAUGCCACAAAGAAAAGAAAUUGCCUGAUUCUACCAAGUCUGAUCUCUUCUCGAAUUUAUGUGGUGGAUGUGGGAACAGACUCACGGGCUCCUAGAAUCCGUAAGAUUGUUGAGCCAGUGGAGUUAUUCUGGAAGUGUAACGUGGCUAAUCCUCACACCUCUCACUGUCUGGGCAGCGGUGACAUCUUAAUCAGCUGUUUGGGAGACCCUGCUGGCAAUGGAAAAGGUGGCUUUAUUUUGCUGGACGGAGAGACCUUUGAAGUGAAAGGAAAUUGGGAGAAUGGGGAAAAGGUACCCCCCCUGGGUUAUGACUUCUGGUAUCAGCCACGACAUAAUGUCAUGAUGAGCACGGAAUGGGGAACCCCAAAAGCCUUGGCAGAUGGGUUUAACCCAGCUGAUAUAGAGAGAGGGCAUUAUGGCUGCCACAUUAAUGUGUGGGACUGGAGCACUCGCACCUACAUUCAGGCAAUCGACUUAGGGAAAGGCUCCAUACCUUUGGAAAUUCGAUUCCUCCACAAUCCAGCUGCUGCAGAAGGGUUUGUUGGAUGUGCUCUGAGUAGUGCAGUGCAUCGGUUCUACAAGACAGAGAAAGGAGACUGGGCAGCAGAGAAGGUGAUUGAAGUACCUAGCAAGAAGGUGCAAGGAUGGCUUCUCCCUGACAUGCCUGGUCUUAUUACAGAUAUCCUCAUCUCGCUGGACGACAGGUUCCUGUACUUCAGCAACUGGCUGCACGGAGACAUCCGCCAGUACGACAUCUCUGACACCCGCAAGCCCAGGCUGGUGGGGCAGGUGUUUCUGGGAGGCAGCAUCACAAAAGGUGGACCUGUAACUGUUGUGGAAGACAAGGAAUUGCAGUGUCAGCCAGAGCCACUUGUGAUAAAAGGGAAGAGGAUACCAGGUGGACCUCAGAUGAUUCAGCUUAGUUUGGAUGGGAAGAGAUUAUAUGUCACCAGCUCUCUCUACAGUGGAUGGGACAAGCAGUUCUACCCAGAUCUUGUCAAGGAAGGCUCUGUUAUGCUGCAGAUUGAUGUGGAUACUGAAAAAGGUGGAUUGAAAGUGAAUAAAAACUUCCUAGUGGAUUUUGGGAAGGAACCUGAUGGGCCUGUCCUAGCUCAUGAGAUUCGUUACCCUGGUGGAGACAGUACUUCUGAUAUCUGGAUAUAAUUGUUGUCUGGAGCUGUUUGUUUUGUUGGGUUUUUUUCUCUUGCCCCCUCUCUCUCCUCUCUGCCCUCCACUUCCCUUUUAUAUAGGUGAAUAGGGUCAGCUGGAACUUUGUAUCUAUAUUUAGACUUCCAUUAGGGUGAGCCACUGAAGCUCCACUUUCUUCUCAUUCUAAGGCAGCCAAGUGAAUCUCUCUGAAACACGAUAUACGCCUCAUUUUCUCUACUCCUUUCCCUUUCAUGAGGUCCUGUCUAAUCACUGUUGGUUGUUGGUUUCAAGGCCAAGGUCGCCACUUCUUUAAGGACUGUUUGCCUUGCUUGAUGCUACUUUGUCUUGCCACUGUUUGUUGGUGGAGGAGCAUAAGAAGGAUCCAUUCCAUGGGUUUACGCCAGAGCAAGUGUCCUGUCCCUGCAAAGCUUAAUUUGCUCAUAAAGUAAUCAGUGCUUUACAGCAGACACAGCAUAAAAAUCAUGCAUAUCUAAUCUGAAGCCAUGUGUUUCUGGAGCUGGGUUAUAUUUUAACAUUUGUGCACUGAUUUUAUAAAAAAAAAAUAAAAUUGUUCUUACUGUCA